GCCUUUUCUUCCGGAGCCUCACGCGUCACGGACGGCCGGAAGUGGCCGCCGAUUCAAACCGCCGCCACAGUGACAAUAAUAACACGAACUUUGACUUUACGUCGUGAAAUGAGCCCGAGGUUGACGAGAAGCUGAGUUAGAGGCGCACCGGGGAGUCGUUUCAGCUGAAGGUGCAGUCAGAAUUGGUCCAAGCUGCCGGCACCAGUAUGGAAGAGGAGAUAAAGAUGGCCGAGACAGAACAAGGAGAUGACGCAGGCAAAGAGGGGGAGUCCAGUGCAGACAGCACUCCCAUUAAACGAGGAAGGGGGAGGCCACACGGUUUAAAGAAGCUGAGCAUUUGUGUAACAGACCUCAAAGUCAUGGGGCUGGUGUCCGGCAUUUCCAACGGUGGGUCCACGCAGCCCAAGAAAGGAAGAGGGCGUCCAAAACUCUCCAUCACAACAAACACAGAGAAGGAAGAGGAGAAGAAGGAGGAGAAGGAGGAGGGAUCAGGAGACAACAGUGGGUCCAUGCAGCCCAAGAGAGGAAGAGGGCGUCCAAAACUCUCCAUCACAACAAACACAGAGGAGGAGGAGGGAUCAGGAGACGACCAGGCUCCUGAUUCUGUGCCCGCUCUCGGGGGUAGAGGGAGACCUAAGGGGACCAAGAGCAGUAAAGGAGACGUUUCUCCUGGGAAACGAGGGAGACCGAAAAAGUCUCUCGGCAAUAACAGCCCUGUUGCUGAACAAUUAUUGAAUGGUGGCUCUGAUUCACCAAAAAAGAAGAGGGGUCGUCCGAAAGGAUCUGUGAAGCUUGUGUCAGAAAAUGCUAAAGAGGGCGAUGGUAGUCCUGUAAAAAGGAAAAGAGGCCGACCAAAGGGCACUACUAAUAAGAAGCGCAGACGGCAGUCAGAGGAGAGCAGUGAGGAGGAAACCAGUGAGGAGGAGACAGAGGAGGAGGAGGACACUGACAGAAGCGAAAGCUCACCCACAGAAAGGGAGGGACGUCAGAUCAGGUCAACGCAGUCAAAUGGCAUCUCGGACACGCCUCAGAGACGGAGGGGAAAGCCACGAAAAAGUCAAGCCACAGACGACUCACCGGACUUUACAAGAGGAAGACUCACAUCAUCAGCCCCAUCCAAGAGGGGAAGGCCAAGGAAGUACCCUCUGCCGACACCGGAGGAGCUGAACAAACCAAAAGAGUGGAAACCGCUCGGGCGGCCGAGGAAGUACCCGCGUACUGAUCCUCCAGAGGUUGCUCCAGCAAGCCCUCGCAGAAGCCGCGGUCGGCCUCCCAAGACCCAGUCUAAGAAGGGCGCUCACCUGCGCAAGCGUUUACCCGACACAUCCUCACCGAGCAACCCCGACGAUGAUCCCCCGAGAAGAAGCAGACAACCCCUAAGCACUGCGAAAGAUGAAGCUGUAGUAUCGCGGAAAAGGGGACGUCCCAAAGGUUCAGGCAACAAAAAUAAAACCAGAGAGGAAACAGAGCUGGACCCAACCGGGGAUAUACCUCCUGUUGAGGAGGAACAUGAAGUAGAACCAGCAGAGGAGGAAGAACAUGAAGCAGAACCAGCAAAGGAGGAGGAGGAGGAGGAGCCCGAGGUGCAGACGACGUCCACCGAGCACGUGGGCGAUACUGAAGAGAAGCCCGUCGAACAAAAGGCAAACUUUGAAGUCAGUGACCAGGCUUGAUGAGCUGACAAAAAAAGUUGGUGUAGUAGUUGUUGUUUUAAAACAUAGAAACAAUCUUUGUCAAUGAAAACAAGUUUUAACAUUUUCUCGUUCGGGUAGAAUUGCAGGAUCAGCAACUCCUCUGUUUUCCUGACUAACUUUUUCAUUUUGUUUUAAUGUUCGCGAUUUGAUUAAAAAAAAUUAGAUUUUUUUUAUUUGUCAUUUGGGAGUAAGCAGUACUAAAAACCUUUUACUAGAACUUGCAUGUAAAGUAUUAUUAAAGACUGUUUACAUUUAGCUGUCGGGUGUUUUGUUCGUCAGUGACAGUAAAUGUUGGAGAAAUGAGAGCAAGAAAAACAAACAGCCCGACGGAAGCCUCUGUUCCUCGAGCUUCGGUCACUCAGUGAAAUGUCUCACUGACUUUCUCUUAUUUAACUUUUAGGUCAAAUCUUAUUCCUGUCCCUGGAUCAUUCCCAUGAUGCUCCAGGAUAAACUGGCAGGAGAAUAUAUCUGCAAAAUAUUUGCCCCUGAUAUCCAAACACAAGCCUCCUUGUUUGAAUCCAUGAUAAAACUGUGAAAUCAACAUGAGACGAAUGUCAAACGGUUCUCUUAAGCUCUUGAAGCUACUUUCCCACAUACACUGAAGUCUGGAUAUUUUUCCUGAUACAUGUCCAUAGCAAAUUUAUAUUUUAUGAAAAGUUUUAAUGAUUUUUAUUUACUGUGGCUCAUCAGUGACGCCUUGAGCAGCAAAGAGAUUAGAUUCAGACAACCGCCCACUUGGUUUCUGGUCAUUUACAUUAUUCCAAACGGUGACAGUGUCUUUGACGGAGCUGGAACCUGAUCUGGAAGUUGCAGCUUCACCUCGGCUCCAUUGAGGGUCUGUGGGGGGAGUUUGUGAAGAGAGAAUAUGUUGUAAUGUCUCUGUCUUUUCUUCUAAAUGCCAUUUCACAUUCGAUCUUGUCAACACAUUUGUUUUGCCUUAAUUGUCCAAGCUUUGAAUGUAUCACCGGUUCCUUUGUUUUUAAUUAUGAUCAGUGAGUAUUCGUGCACAGUCAAUGUCGUCUUGUUAAAUGCAUUCCUGGACCGGACAUGUCACCUUCCUGCCGCUCUGUAGAGGUCCUCCUCCACUUGGACACGUUUCACUUUUUAAUAAUCUGUUUUCAAUCCUCUUUUCUUGUAGCUGUGAAACUUUUUGUUCUUGUUUUUCCAAAUGAUUUCACACACAUUAAUUUCUUUGCCUUUGAGCCCCUUGUGAACAUGUCCUUUUCUGUGUGUGAUGAUCAUCUUUACUCGUAUUAACACCUCUGGGGCCGGAGUCAAACAUGGACGUUUCCUAAAAUGCCAAAUUGUGCUUCUGUGUGUCCAGUUGUGUAAAAUAAAUAAACUGUGAUGUGACGGAGGUGGAGGUCGCCUGGAGAUUCCAUCUGGCUCCGUCGAGUCGAAUCCUUCCGAGGGGACAUAUUUGGAUUUUGUGUGUUUUGAACAAGAAUCCAAUCAUUUGUGAAAACAUGGUCUUGAAAUAAAAUGUUGAUCUGUUCAAUUUU